AUGGUGCGCGCGGCGACUGUAAAGCGUCCCCUGUGGUUGUACCUCGUCCCGUCAACAUAUACCAGCCGUAUGCACCGUCUGGCGUACCAUGCGCCUAUGCUCAUGUUCGGUGUGGCGACGACUGCGAUCGUAAUGCGACAGUCGUACUACCGCAGCUCACUCUCGGAUGAAGAUGAGAACACGUUCGACCGCAUCGACCGCCGCGCGUAUGUGGCGCUCCCCGACGGGCGUAUGGCAUUGGUGUACCCCAUUAUUGACACCCAGGUGACGCCCACACGCGUUGUCUUGUCGUUCCUGGAUGCCAUCAACCCCAUGCCGUGA